AUGGAGGACACCAGUGAUGGUUUUCAAGUCGUUCGUCACAAACGAAGAAAAAAGAAAGCGCCGGCGACAGAUUUUGUCAAAUCAAAACCCUCUUUAAAUAAUGUUUCCGACACUUAUGAUACAGUAGUUAGCAUUGAAAUAUUCAAACGACGAAUCCGUGACUACGAACUUGAAAUUGAAAAUAGUGAAUUCUUUGAACAUUUUAAAACAUGUUGGUAUUCAGUGAUUCAACAUUUAGCAGUAAUCAAAGACGUUAUCUCAGACAGAUCAAAUCUUUUGAGUUCAUCAUCCAUAGAAAUAUCAACUCCUACAAAUAUGAACUCUAAUGAUAAUUGUCAACAUGAUGUUUAUGAUAUUGUAUGCUAUGGACUUGGCAACUUUACACUAUGUCCUAUUGCAAGAUAUCAGUUUGCAUUUCUACAUCUGAUGACAAAGUUUCUACAGAUUCCUGGGCAGUGUUUUGUGUAUGAUCCAAAAUUUACAGAAGAAGAAAAAAUCAUUCUAAAAGAUUUGGAUUUCCAUGUUAUUGACAAAAAUGAGGAGUGUAAAAGACCAAUUAAUAGAAGUACUGUGUUCCAUAUGCCACACUGCGGGAAACCCAUGUAUAACAAUCUACUCUGGUCAAACUGGUCUUAUAAUGCACUUCAGUAUUUGAUACUUAUCGGUAAUAGUUUUAAUAGUUUAAAAUUAAGGUUUCCUAGCAGAAUUCUUCAAAAUGAGGUUCCAUACAUACAUCGAAUUCUUCCAUACACACAGGAAAUUGAAAUAGACAAUAACUUCCAGCAUUCCGAUAUCUUCAAUGAUACAUCUCUCCAUUACUUUCCAGCAGAUAAGAUUUCUAAGAUUGUUGCAACUGAAUUUUGGCAGGAAUGCAAUGAACCACUAUACAAGUCAUGUGACAGUCUGGAGAUUACACAAGCAAAGUUCAAUGUGUAA